AUGCACUUCCCAAUAAGCCCCAGUCUCACCCUCCUCACCCUCCCGCUAUUGAUCCCACAAGCAACAGCAUGGGGCAGCCUGGGGCACCGCACAGUCGCGUACCUAGCAUCGAUGCACUUCACGGCGCAAAGCAACAUUCUCACCAACGUGCUGCUCAACGGACAAGACAUCUCGGAGGCGGCGCUCUUCCCAGAUAAAGUGCGCCACAUGCCGGCGUUCGCGUACUCGGCGCACUGGCACUUCAUCGACGCCCGCGACUCGCCGCCCGCACAGUGCGGCAUCAACAUGACGCGUGACUGUCUCGCCGCCGACGGUGGGUGCGUCGUGUCGGCCAUCGCGAACCAUACGGCGCGCGUGGCGGAUGUGAAGCUGGAGCGCUUCUUCCGUGGUCAGAGUCUGCGCUUCAUGAUGCAUUUCUUCGGUGAUGUCCAUCAGCCGUUGCAUACGGAGGCCGAGGGGAGAGGUGGCAAUGAUAUCCCUGUCGUGCUGGAUGGUGUCCAUACGAACUUGCAUAGUGUUUGGGAUACGGCGAUUCCAAAGAAGCAUGCGGGUGGAGCGGUUGGUGGUGGAGUCGAGGGUGAGAUGGAGGCCGCUUGGGCUUGGGCUACCCGGUUGUAUGGUGUGAGGGAUGGGAUGCAGGAGAAGGAGUGUGUGAGUGAUGCGCCGGCUUGUGCAUUGGAGUGGGCCAGCGAGGUGAAUUCUUAUGUUUGUUCCUAUGUCAUGGCAGAUGGGUAUAAGGAUCAGGAUCUGAAUGGGACUUAUUACGAUGGAGCAGUGCCGAUUAUCGAUGAUCUGGUUGGGAAGGCGGGUAGGAGGUUGGCUGCUUGGAUCAAUGCUAUCUCUGGCCAGGAAGGACUUGCAUUGCAGACUCAAUAA